CACAUGCAGGCGUGUUUUUACUAUACACAUGCACGUCAUUUUCUUCAGUCAAAAUGAUAUAAACAUAACGGCAGUCACUGUCGACUGGUCAAUUAUUUCGGUGACGAAUUGCAAUCUUUCGUUCGAGAAUUACUGCAAGUGUUCCUCAAGUGCGGAAAAAAGACGCAAUAGCGACACCACGCACCACGCACCUACGCUGUCCAUUUUUUCUUCAUCUUUGAGCCUCAGGGUGCAGUACUUGUACAAUAGUUUACGCUCCAUAGACUGGACAGCGACUUUCGCCUGCCGUCGUCAUGCAAUUGCUCAGUGUUGGAGGUUUCCGCGCACUUCCACGUCUCAAUUCCAGCAUCGCACUACGUCGUGAUGCACACACUGCCAGCAUUUAAUAUCGCAAUAAAUAAAGAAGAGCCGUUUGUCUACGUUAUCUUCCAGAGACAAUAUGCACACAACUGUGACUCAUGGCUGAGAGUGAUACAUAAGGAGCGUUCUCGAAUCGGCCGACCCC